UGACGACAUCAUUGGCUUAUUUAUAAAACCCUUCUCAGCUUGGAGUAACACUUUUUUAUUCGUUUGCAAAAAAACAUUAAAGAAGCCCCUUUGAUGACUGGCAGAAGCCUUGAUAAUUCCCACCGACACAGCCCUCCUUCCUCAUCCGACAUUCUUUUUCUCCACCAUUUACCGCCAUCUAAUACCCUCGAUAAAACCUACCCUCGAGACACCAUCGGACGACACGUCGACGUCUACACCCCCACACCCACACCCACGAACGGGAACGAGCCCCAUCCACCGCGUCCGCAUUCCGUCGGGGGGAACACGAACACGAACACGAACAUACCGCAGGAUUAUAGCGCUUCCACCUCUGCGAGUGUGAGGACGUCGUAUACCCGAGUUGAUUUGACUGCGAUGGAGCCUUCCGUAGAAAUGGACAGUCACCGUCAUCCGACCACGACCCCGACUACGACUCAACAACUCCAACACCAACACCAACAUCCCUCAACGCCUAUACCCCCACCCCCAACACCCCAAGUAUCGUUAUGUUUCUUGUUGAUAUCAGGAAAGAGAAGAGUGAUGCAGUUUGAACCUGAUAUGACGGUGGGUAGAGUGAAAGAGCUUGUUUGGAAUGCGUGGCCUUUGGACUGGCAAGACGAAAGACCGCCUACACCGUGGCAUCUCCGGUUAUUGUAUUUGGGGAAGAUAUUACAGGAUGAGGAUACGUUGAAAGGUCUGUCAUUCCCGAUACACACACAUGUACAACCACCGCAACCCCAACCCCAAACUACUACCACUACCGCUACCCAAACACAAGAACCUCCCCCACCACCAACUAUAGUCCAUCUCUCCGUACGACCAUUUGGUCCAGGCGCACCUACUCCUGAUGAUGAGAUUAAAAAGAAGCGCAAGUCGAUGAGGAUUGGGAGGUGGGGGUCUACCAAUACCACCACCACUACCACCACCACUGCUACUGCCGCCGCCGCUGCCGCUACGAUGGGUACUGGUGGUGAGGGUGCACGUGCGGGUGUGGAUGUUCCGAAUUCUAUGGGUGGUGGAGGUGGUGCUGAUGGGGGUGGGGGUGGGGGCCGAGGUGGAGGAGGGUCAGUUGCGUGUUGUGGGUGUGUUGUUUCGUGAACUUGGCU